CUUUCCUCCUCCAUCGUGCGGUGGGCUCCUGACUUGGCUUCUCACCAUGUCUUCUCACAAGACUUUCAGGAUCAAGCGAUUCCUGGCCAAGAAACAAAAGCAAAAUCGUCCUAUUCCUCAGUGGAUUCGGAUGAAAACUGGUAACAAAAUAAGGUACAACUCCAAGAGAAGACACUGGAGGAGAACAAAGCUGGGUCUGUAAGGAUUCACACAAUGGCAAGACAGAGUUUAUACAGAAUUGUGGGUCAUCAAGCAAUCCUACCACCUGGAGUUCCAACAUUUUAACCUG